AUGCAUCUCCUCGGGUUUGUUGCCUCUAGGUUGGCCAAACUCUUCCGAGGAGGCGCAGAAGCGGCUCUCAGAGAGAAAUCUGGUAGCCAGAGUUGGCCGGAAUACUACAUAACUGGUAUCGCCACGGAAACCUCUCGGUGGGAAAGAAAUGAUGAAAGCAAAGAAAAGAAAGGGAAAGGAAAUAGCCCUGGCUUUCGUGGCAGCCACGAGUGGGAAAACAAGCGUGUCCGCGCAUUCACCCGGUUGCCUGUCCCGAACCACAGAUAUCCCAGCAUCAGCACUACUGUACUGCGGUGUAGACCAACCACAAUCGCCCGGGCUUCACUCACUCUUUGCCAUAUGGGAAGGGCUGAAUCCCUGCCGCUCAUUCAGGAUGCCUGGGCACGCGGCAGAGAUUUGGGAUGUAUAGACUUGAUGCGAAGUUCUCACCGUCAUGAGGAGGAUCGUCAUGGGACCAUGACGCUGUGCAUCGGGAUGGGAGACGAUUUCUGGCGAAGGACAAAAGCGAUAGCACAACGAUACCAUGGUCAUAACAACAACAAUAACGAUAACAACCAAGGAAGGCGGAGAAGGAAUGAAGCACAACAAGCGAACGAGUCGCACUGGAAAGCCGGGCAUCAAUCCGUCAGUCUUUCUUCCUCCAAUCCAUCCACUUCUGGUUCGGCUGCUCUUGUCGUGCUUCGUUCCAUCCGCACUCCUCGUCUUCCAAUCCCGGCUGAUCGACGGGAUGCUCGCAAGUUGAGAUUAACCUUCAGCAGGGUAGGGCAAAUUGGAGGGGACGAGGUUAAGCAGACGGAGAGAAUUCAAUCAACACCACCACCACCACUGAACUAUCAACCAACCCCUCCGUUCAGGAUCCUCGGACCCCUCAGUUCAAAGCGGGUGAAAGAGGGGAAAUCACAACAAUCCUGCCCUGCUCUUAGCGGUCCUGCUAAAGACUUGAGGGUGUUAUCGGAUCCCCUGGCUCAUUAUCGUGCCGCUAUCAUUUUCGACAUGACAGCAACGCCACACACCAUGAAUGGUGUCGCUGAUAUGACGGGAGUGGACCUUAGCGAUACAUAG